AUGAAGUUGUCGUUUUUAGUGUCGGUUGUAGCUGCCAUCCAGGCAGUGGCUGCUAGUCCUAUCCCGGUAGACGUGUUUCCCGUUCAACAGCGGAUAGCUCUGGGUAAGAACAGCGAUGAGAUGUCGAUCAGUUGGAACACUCUGAGGGAUAUUCGAAGACCCAGAGUGUACUAUGGUCUGAGUGAAGACUCUCUCGACAGAGUGGAGUACGGUAUGUCAUCCACAUACUCUACUUCAUGGACCUAUAGCAACCACGUCACGUUAAAGGGACUAGAGCCCAAUACUACAUACUACUACAAGGUGUCAUAUUCCGAGCAAGAACCUGCUAUUCGCUCGUUUACUACACCUCCUGUAGUUGGCAAGGACGAGCUUGACCAUGAGUUCAAGCCUUUUACUUUUGCAUCAGUGGCUGAUCUGGGUCAUGUCGGUACCCAGGGCCUGGGUUUGUACCCAUCUACAUCUGAAGACAUGGAUUUUGGCAUUCGCAACGUUCUGGAGAAGCACGGUAUUUUCAGCAAACCUCCCGUCAAAUCGACUUUUGAGUCAUUGGUUGAGCAUGUUGACGAGUACGACUUUGUAUGGCACAACGGUGAUAUUGCCUAUGCCGACAACUUCUUAGAAGAGCGUCAACCACACAGUAAAGCACCCAAUGUCGAAGCGUUCAACCGAGUUCUGAACGCCUUUUAUGACUCUACCGAGCCUGUUUCAUCGUUCAAGCCAUAUAUGGUGGGUCCUGGUAACCACGAUAUCAACUGCGGUACUCGAAGUGCUGAUAUUUAUACUGACGCUGGUCAAGAGUGUGGAUCUAAACACCGUUCUUUUGCUGGAUACUUAGAUCACUAUAGAAUGCCAUCUGGCAGCCCCGACCCUGAAGACAACCUGCCAACCAUGUGGUACUCUUUCGACUACUACUCUGCCCACUUUAUUCAAAUCAACACCGAGCUAGAGUUUGGUAUGGAUGGCGACCCAACUAAAGAUAUCAAGGGUCAACUGCAAAAACAACGAGAAUGGCUCAAGCGUGAUUUGGAGUCGGUCGACCGUAAACGUACUCCAUGGGUCAUUGUUGAGGGUCACCGUCCCUGGUAUGCAUCUGCCAAGAAUGCCUGUCCCGAGUGUCAAGAGGGUUUUGAAGACCUUCUCAACGAGUACAAUGUCGACCUUGUACUGUUUGGCCAUGUUCACAACUACCAACGCAACCAACCUAUUGGUCUCGACGGCGAGAUCGACCCUGCCGGACUCAACAACCCUAAAGCUCCCUGGUACAUUAUCAACGGAUCUGGCGGUCAACUUGAAGGACUCGAUCCUGUUGCCGACAAACACCUGAAAGACUACCUCGUCAAGAAGAUCGAGGAGGUUCUCGGCUGGGCCAAGAUCACUGUUCACAACAGUACCCACUUGACUUAUGAAUUUAUUGCUUCUGUUAAUGGUACUACUUUAGACGAAGCUACAUUGGUUAAGGUUCGUUAA